AUGAGUAUUCCAAUUGAUAUACAAAAUGCUUCUGAAGACAAAAUAACAACAUCAAACGUUAUACCACCAAUAUCAGAAAACGAACCAAAACCAAUUCAAAUGGAAGUUGAACAAGACACUCUUUCACAAAACAUUCAAACAAACGUGAAAAUUGAAAAAAUUGAAGAGGGCAAAAAUCAAACAUCGACAAAAUUAACUGACACCCAAGAUGAGAAGAAAUGUGGUGUGGUUAGACCGAAGCCCGCGAAGCCAAAGAAAGUAUUGAUACAACUAACCAAACGGAAAGAUUACCAAGGGGUAGUAGAAGCAGUUAAAUUUCCAAACGAGGGUAUAGUCUUACUUCAUGGUCGUCGUGUUACAGUGAACAACGUCAUUCCCGGGCAAGUUGUUCAAUUCAAUUUAUUGAAAGUAGGUACGAGUAAGUGUGAAGGAUACUUACAGAAAGUUAUUAAGAAGAGUGACUUAGAGGAUGUUGAUAAUGUGUGUAAACAUAAUGACGAGUGUGGUGGGUGUACAUACCAGUCGAUGGGAUAUCCCCACCAACUCAAAUUGAAAGCGGACCAAGUUCAAAGGGUCUUAGAAAAAAAGGUCAAGGACUUUACAUUUGAAGGGAUUCUCCCAUCCCCUGUAACAAUUGGAUAUCGCAAUAGAAUGGAUUUCACAUUUGGUGAUCGCAUGAAAGGUGGGGAAUUAGAGUGUGGAUUACACAAGAUGGGGCACUACAAUUCCACGAUUACUGUGGACGACUGUAGAAUAGUGGACGAGGACUUUAUAACAAUUCUCAAGUUCAAUGUCGAUUACUUCAGAAGACUCCACGUCGACUUUUAUCACAAGAAAGAGCAUAAAGGAGUGUUAAGGAAUUUGAUAGUGAGGAAGGCCAUGAAAACAGGGGAGAUCAUGUGUGUCUUAAUUACUACGACACAGAUGUCGAUUGAUGAAGAACAAUACAAAACGGCGUUGUUAAAUUUGAAGCUAAAGGGAACACUUCGAUCAAUUAUACAUACGUUGUAUGACUCACAAAUCGAUGAGUGUGGGAGUGAGAAGGAUAUUGUGUUGUACGGCAAUACAUAUAUUAAUGAGGAAUUGCUGGGGUUGCAUUUCAAGAUCUCACCACUGACAUUCUUCCAAACGAACUCAUUGGGUGCAGAAGUGUUAUACUCGAAAGUUAGAGAGUUCAUCCAGUCGACACCAAAUGACACCGUCUUCGACUUGUAUUGCGGGACGGGAACGAUCACACAAAUCCUCGCACCCGUGUGCAAAGAGAUCACAGGCGUCGAGAUCGUCGAACGCGCAGUUGAAGACGCACGGAAGAACGCGGAACUGAACAAACUGAAGAAUUGUAAAUUCAUUGCCGGAGACGUCUUAAAAGUACUUGACAGCCUUAAAGAACAAAAGCCGGGACUGAUUGUGGUCGACCCCCCAAGAGGUGGAAUCAAUCCAAAGGCUCUGCAAAAGAUUGUUGAAUUUGGUGCUGAACGAAUUGUGUAUGUGAGUUGUAUGCCAACUACUCUUGUUAGAGAUUUGGAAAAGAUGGAGAGCAGUGGGUAUAAAUUACAGAAGGUGUGUUGUGUGGAUAUGUUCCCAAACACUUAUCACGUUGAAACUGUCUGCUUGUUGAAUAAGCAAAAAUGA